AACCCGCGCGCAUUCAUUUGGCAGUUUGUUUGUGCCGCUACAAUUCACUCAACAGUCCGUACUUCGAGAAAUUAUGUUUUGUGAAUUGUAAAACUAAUAAAUGUAGAGUUUGGAGACUUUUAAACAUUUAUAAUCUAGCAGACAUAAACCCGCUGGACUUUAGUAACUGUUUUAACUGAGAUGAGGCUCAUAUUAGAGACAAUAUAGUGCGAACACAAGUAAGCUAGCGAAGCUAACAACAGUCACUGGAGCUAGCCGGUGUGUUGACACUCUGGGAUCUGGGCUCAGUUUGAAAGUGACUGCAUGAAGGACCCGGUUCAAGAAACACCAAAGAUUCCACAUGUUCGUCUAUAGAUUUCCUCCACUGAAGAGGAAGGCAGCAGGUAAGAUGACUCAGAGACUUCAGCAUCCUCAAAAGACUGCACACACCAAGGACAGAACUCCUGAGGAAGGUAAUGAAGAUCCACUCUUUAGAAAGGAGGCCAUACCUAAAACGACUGAAAGCAUACCAGGGGGUGAGGAAAUUCUCUUUGACCAGCGGAAUAAUCUGUCAUCAAGUCGGCCCACAAACCCAACUGUACAAACUACAAUUGACGGUCCCACAAGUCAAACUGCCAAAAGAAGGGAAGGACAAAACGAAAGCUUCACUUUGGAGGAAUGUCCCCUGAAAAACUAAUUUAAUUACCUUACUUACAAACAUCAUCAGGUCUGCUAGAAGAAGACCAGGAUGCCCUAGAAGCACAGAGUAGAGAAGAGUUGAAAAAUGAAGAGGGGGGAAAGCAUUACCUGGAAUGAUUUUAACUGUAAACAAGUCGAACAGGAGGCCCCGUAACAAAGUUUGGGAAUUGGGAAUUUGAAGGCCUGGAGGCAUUUGUUAAGGGAGAGACUGAGCCACGCUUAACUGGACACUGUGAGGAGACGGCACCGGCCGAGGCAGCGGAAAGCAACACAAGGGGCGAGCUUUCUCCGACCCCUGCAAAGUAGAGCUGAUGGGGCUCCGCAGAUGCAUCACCUGAGACCAAAGGAAUCUGCCGGCACUUCACAGCUACGGGAGACUGAUCACUGAAGAUCAAAACAAAGGAGAGAGCCAGUGACGCCUUCGUGCAGUGCGACAGCGGCACUUUCAACAACACGCGUAGCGGCGAACAAACUCCAGCUCAGUCCCAGAGACGGUGAUCGGGCUCCGGCCUCAGGUGCAUCUCGGAGGCGGGGCGACGCGGAAGUCCAGAUCAAACCGUACGGACGAAUCAAAGACUUUGGAGAGAGGAGAGAGAGGCAGAGAAGAAGAGAGAGAGAGAGAAAGAGAUAGAGAAGGGGAACGAGCAGAGGGUGUUGCGGAGGUAUGGACUGUAACUGCGUCAGUGAUCUGCUGAUCCCCCCGGUGCCCGCACUCUGGACGCCAGGUCAGUCCCACCAUCAAGCUCUUACAAGGGGGAUCGCCUUCCCAGACUGGGCCUACAAGCCCGAGUCGAGCCCCGGGUCCAGACAGAUCCAGCUGUGGCACUUCAUCCUGGAGCUGCUGCAGAAGGAGGAGUAUAACGCGGUGAUCGCGUGGCAGGGGGACUACGGAGAGUUUGUCAUCAAGGAUCCGGACGAGGUGGCUCGGCAGUGGGGGUUAAGAAAAUGCAAACCUCACAUGAACUAUGACAAGCUGAGCAGGGCACUGAGGUAUUACUACAACAAACGCAUUUUGCACAAAACCAAAGGGAAGCGUUUCACCUACAAAUUCAACUUCAGCAAGGUCGUGUUGGUCAACUACCCCAUCCUCGACAUGGCCAACUCUCCCUUCUUUCUGGCCCAGAACCACUUCAACGGGGGCUCCACCGCACCGGACUGCACUCCAGAGGUACGAAGGGCCAUACAGUCCCUGUUUCCUCGUCUGCCAGACUCCGGCAGGGGAACGUCCCUGUUUGAUCGAGGCACUGCGGCACCGGGGCCCGAUGGAGACAAGUUGAGACUGGAUGCAUUCCCCUUCCUCAGUACAGGUGCACCGUGCUACACCAAACCCCCGUCCCUGCUGGGCCCGUAUCCUCGCAACCCACCCUUUGACUACCCCUGGGGCUUCAACCCCUACCUCCCAGGGGCCUUCUCCCUCAAUAACUGCCCCAAACUGCCCCCUGGCUCCCUCUACCCCUCCCAGUUUUACCCUAACCCUUUGCAGAGCAGCCUUUCCCAGCUGCCUCACCCAUUCUCCUCCCUGCUCCCCCCAGGGGAGGCAGGUGGGGGUGAGAGGGGAGCAGCAGGGCAAACCGGAGGGACAAACGGCACAGCGGGUGGUCAGCCGGUCAGACUCUGCCUGCCACCUUACCCCGGGAGCCUGUUAAUGGGUCGGACGGACAUUGGCAACGGGGCAUCGUUGGCGGAGAGGGAGAGGGGGGAGGCCAAUCCUCCAGGCACAGGGCUGAGCUUCGGCCUGGCAGCCGGGACUGGGACAGGCCGGCAGAGCCCCACUGAGAGGAGAGGAGGCGUGAAGCAGGACCCGGAGUCAGACUCGGACCUGGAGAUCACAGAUCUGAGCGACUCCAGCUCGGAUAACGAAAACGAGCACGACUUCAACAUCAGGAAGGCAUCCAGCCUGGCGAGCCGAUCACAGAUAGUGCUGGAUGGAAAGAAAAGGAGCGCGCUGCCACCCGUCUCCUCUCCCCCCGCGACAGCGGCCCCACAUCCUCUGAAGAGCCUGAUGCCCGUCAGUCCCCCACCCCUGUCCCUGCCUCUGUCGCUUUCCCCCUCCGUGGCUCUGCAUGAAAAACACAGGGAGACAGAGACUCUCAAAAUGAUACACAGCUAAUACAUCUUCUCCCGCGUCCUACAUCUCGCCCGUCUGUGCUCUGAUGACUCUCUUUUUCUCUCCUUUCUUUUCUCAGAGACACUUUUCUGCUUUGAAUUGUCAACCCCCCCCCCCCCAAAAUCACUCUCGAUAGAUACUUUUUUUUCCAGGAAAGGCAGUUGUGUUAUUUACUUCUGAAAUUACUGUUUCCCUGUUUGCUGUGUAAGUUUUUAACUCGCCUACAGUCCAUUACCCGACCGCCUCGUCCAUCUUAGAAUAUAUGGGGCGUACAGUUUUUAGGGUAUCAGCUGUCUGUAUCACCAUCUUGUCCUUUCUGUUUUGAUCUCUCACACCAAAUGAUCUCUCCGUGGUUUGCAGACUUGUUUUACGCGUUGCCAGCAGUACUCUGCAAUUUGCUGUCUGCAGCCGAGCUAUGAUAGAAGGCAGCGAGGUGGUAAAUUACAACGCAGCACUGCCUGCCUUGACAAACAUUAACAAAUAACAUCCCAAUACUAACAGAACAGAACAACAAAUAAUGCUCAGAUCGAUCCAAUUUUACAGAUUUGUCCUAUAAUUCUUGAGAUCUGGACUAUAUAUAAACUGUAUAAUCACUUUUGAGACAUGGUCAAAUACUGCCACCUAGUGGUCGCUCCAGUCAAUGAACUCAUCUUCCCUCCGUAACCCUGUGAGUGAAAUUGUUGCCCCCUAAAUUCAUUUUGCACUUACUUUUUAUAUGAUAUGUUUUUUUUGGCGGGUUAAUUUAAAUGUUUAAAAAUCCAUAUUUCUAAUAGUGUUAGCUGUGAUAGUCUGUGGAUAUUUAUUUUGUCCUGUGGUUCAAGUAUUUCCUGCACAUUUUCUAAAAGGACAGAAAAAGAGAGCAGAGGGGGGGAGCUGGACCAAACCUAGAAAUUUGUAUGAAUAUUUCAGUGUAUAUAUUUUAUUAUGGUGUACAUUACAUUUAAUUAUUAUUCACUAUGAUAAUAUUUAGCUGUAUUGUUGUGAUUUAAUUCCGUAUUUAAACAUGUUGGAAAAAUUAUAAGCUUAGGUGUAUCAAAGUUUAAAUUAUUAAUGGCAGAAGAUCUGCACUCUGAAGAUGUUUUUCUAUGAUGAGGACAGAGUUCACACUGGGAAUUGUCUCUGAUUUUCUCGACCCCCAAUUAAUUGUGCCCUUUGGUCAUCUUUGCCAGAUGCCCAACGUACAAACCCUUUGGGUUCAAAAAUAUGCCGGUAGACUUAUUUUUAUAGUUAGCAUUCACCCAGUGUAACUGUACUGUAAUUAGUCAAAAGUGAAUAAUAUUGGUCUUUGCAUUUUCUUUUUUAAAUCUUCCCCCGAAAAUCUGCUUUGAUUAUUUUUCAAUCAGUGCUUUUUGUCCAGCAGCGGGGGCGAUUGGUUUAGCUUGAGGACAUUAUAAAAAAAUAAAAAAUACUGUUUAUGUUUGCAGAUCUAAUGACCGACAUCUUUUCUCCGGCCCCCCGUCAGCACAGAGUGAACGCUGAACCAUAUUGUACAGCUUCAGAGCCUUUAUAGCCUAUGGUUUGUCAAACAGUGGCGGUAUACGAUUAGUUGUAAAAGCUCUAUUGUAAAGUUAAUGUAAAGCUCUAUGUGUGUUGAGUUGCUACAGGAAAGGCCUCCAGUCCCCUGCACGGGGGAGUACACUAACCAACAGCUGUAAAUACUGUUUCCUUUGUGUGUGUGUGUGUGUGUGUGUGUGUGUGUGUGCGUGUGUGUGUGCGUGUGUGUGUGUGUGUGUGUACACAUCCGACAAUGCAGUGGUUUUACCUGUCAUCUCUCUUUGUUUUACUGUAAAGAGGAAAAAUGGAAAGUGCAAAAAAGAAGAAAAAGAUUAAUAUCUUCAAAAGCAAUAAACAUUAUUCUGGAUA